GGGUACGUGCAUGCGUGCGUGUGAGUGUGUGUGUGUGUGUGUGUUAGGGGUCUGUUCUCUGGGUGCUCACCCCAGGCCGGGAUGGGGGCUGGGUGGCCAGGGUCCAGAUGGCCCAGAUGGCUCCCGAGUCGGGUUUCUGGACGGUUGGGAACUUCUGUGGGCAUCAGGUAACAGCCACCCAGCUGGCCUUGCCGCUGGGGGAGGGAGGACUGGGCAGAGCUUCUUUUGGGGAGGGCUGGGUAGAAGGGGCGUACAAGGACCUAAGGAAAUGCUGGGGCUUCCGUGGCCAUCUCCCGUCCCUGGGGUCUGCCCGUGCCCCUCUUUCUCUUCCCCUCUGGUAGCAAGCACGCUUGUCUGGGGAAGGCAACUUUGGGGGGGGGGGAUCUGUAUUCCACCCCCACCCUCAGGCAGCCCAGGAUACUUUCCCAACUCUGAGCAAGACUUACUCCCCGAUGCAGGCCCGCAAUCCUGCCUGCCUGCUUGCCCUGCUGGCGGGUGAGGACUUGCCCGGCCCUGCGUGCCGCAGCCUGCCGGACUGCCACCAGUUGUGUGGCCGGGACACAGGCUCACCCACCAUGCCAGGCCCCCACCAGCCAACCCCCAGAACGGACCCAGCUUUGCAGCCCAGACGCCAGCUCCGGGUGUCAGAGCCCUUGGAGGAGGACUCUGUCUGCUGUAUGGAGGAGGAAGAGGAGGAGGAGGAGGCCGUGGUCAUGGAAGACAGGGGUGCUGCUUUCGGAGGACCGAGGGAUCAUGCCUUAGACUGGGAUUCUGGUUUCUCUGAAGUAUCGGGGAGUACAUGGCGAGAGGAAGAACAAUCUGUGCUCCAGCGCCCGGCACCAGCAGUGCGGCCUCCCCCGAGCCAGCGCUUCUCAGUCAUUGACCUCCCUCUGCCCAGCCGGGUACCUGCAGCCCGUGUACCCCCAGUCCAUCGCCCGCGCCCCAAGUCCACUCCGGAUGCCUGCCUAGAACACUGGCAGGGCCUGGAGGCAGAGGACUGGACAGCGGCCCUGCUCAACAGGGGUCGAAGCCGCCAGCCCCUGGUGCUGGGGGACAACUGCUUUGCCGAUCUGGUCCACAACUGGAUGGAACUGCCCGAGGCAGCAGGUGAAGGCAGCGAUGGAGGUGUACCCCGCCUCCGGGCUCGGCCCCCCCAGUUCCUGCUCGGCCUCUCGGAGCAGCUGAGGCGCCGCCUGGCCAGGGCUCGGCGGGCCGCGGUGGCAGGAAAGCGGCUGUCCUGCCCACCUCGCGCGGAACCGGACCUGCCCGUGGACAUCUCACGCUUUGCAGGCCUCAUGAACUGUCGCAGCCGCCAGCCCAUCAUCUGCAAUGACAGCAGCUACCUCUGACCCCGCCCUUCCAGCUGGGGACAAUAAAGGUCUUUUUCUAGACUGGUGGCUCUAGACCUCUGAGGCCUGGGGACCCUGUCCCCCCCCCCCCAAACCCCUGGCCUGAGGAAGCAUGGCC